ACCUUGCCCUCUUCCAAAAUAGUCCUUCGUCAGGGCCAAGACCCUCUCCAGAACCGCUUCUAGUUGAGCAGAACCAGGGCUGCGCCCCUUUGCGAAGGAGGACUAGAGCCUUCAGCUCUUCUUCAGAAAGAUGUCAGAUGAAGAUGAUUUGGAUGACUUUGAGCCAGACCUGGAUGAUCUGGAAAAGGAAGAUGAUGAUGAGACAGAGGAGUGGGAGGAUGACCGGAAAGAGGAAGAAGACAUCUCGGAGAAAUGGAUACCCACUCCCCUCACAGCGGACAUGAUGAAGGAAGGGCUUUCUCUGCUCUGUAAGACGGGCAAUGGACUGGCUCACGCUUAUGUCAAGCUAGAGGUUAAAGAGAGGGAUCUGACAGACAUCCACUUGCUGCGUUCUUACAUCCAUCUGCGCUAUGUGGAUAUUUCUGAGAACCACCUGACGGACUUGUCCCCACUCAAUUACCUCACCCACCUGCUCUGGCUCAAGGCUGAUGGCAACCAGCUGCGGAGUGCCCAGCUGAAUGAACUGCCUUACCUGCAGAUUGCCAGUUUUGCUUAUAACCAGAUCACUGACACGGAGGGCAUAUCUCAUCCUCGUCUGGGCAGCCUGGAUCUCAAAGGGAACCUCAUCCACACCGUGACAGGUUUGGACCCCCGAAAGCUGAUCAGCCUGCACACACUGGAGCUGCGGGGGAACCAGCUGAACAGCACCCUGGGAAUCAACCUUCCUAAGCUGAAGAAACUCUACUUGGCCCAGAACAUGUUGAAGAAGGUGGAAGGCUUAGAGAACCUGAGCAAUCUUACUACCUUGCAUCUUCGGGACAACCAGAUCGAAACUCUGAGUGGCUUCUCUGGGGACAUGAAAUCACUGCAGUACCUCAACCUGAGGGGCAACAUGGUGGCCGACCUGCGAGAGCUAGCCAAGCUUCGGGACCUGCCCAAGCUGCGAGCCUUGGUGCUGCUGGACAACCCGUGCACCAAUGAGAACGACUACCGCCAGGAGGCCCUGGUGCAGCUGGCACACCUCGAGCGCCUGGACAAGGACUUCUAUGAGGAGGAGGAGCGGGCUGAGGCUGAUGGAAUCCGUCAGAGGAUGAAGGAAGAGCAAGAGCAGGAGGCUGAACCUGAGCAUGGCUCAGAAGGGGACCAGCCAUUGGUCUAGCAGCAGUUCUAGCCUCCCAGGGUAUUAAGGAAGCCAACAGGGAGGCAGGAAGAGGAGGCCAAGGGCCUGGCAGAUGGGGAGAAAUGGCUAUAGGAGGCAGUGGGUGAGGAAGGGGUAAGGCAAGGAGAACCCUUGGGGAGACCAGGGCUAGGAGCCUGGGGGUGUCUCAGGGUGAGGAGAAAGGACCAGAAGGGCCUCAGGGGAGUGGAGAAAAGGCUUAGGAGAUACAUCAGGAGGCUGGAAGUGAGACAGGGACCAUGGGCUUAGACAGGGUAGGGUGAGGGCCUCUGGGAAAAACAAAGCAACAUAAUCCACUGUGAGAUUUGCUUUGGCCUGCUGGGGGGCCCAGCUUGUUUUUCUGACUUUACCCAGGUGCUGCUUUUCUUCCUCCAGCCCUAGUCAAAUGAUUUGCGACCUGGGCGAUGUAGCAAACAAGCCUCAAACAACUACUAAAAACAGGAAGGAUUCCAUCUUGAAAAUAAGAUUGCAUUUUAAAACCCAAUUUGUUAAAAAGUAACUUUCUUAACAUACUCUUUUACAAACAGACAAUAACUCAGGCCACCUUGGGAGCAGUCUUGGGUGAUAUGCUUCCAGACCAGGAAGCUGCUAUCCUGGGAGGAAAUCAGCAGUAAAAUUCUUGUAAAUAACCAGGUAGACUAAUAAGAAACAUAGAGUUUCUUCAAAGGUAAACAUUUUGAGACCGCUUAGCAGGUGUACAGCCCUAGACCUUUGUCUCUCAACCUUGCCUAUAAAACCCCUAGACAAUGCACCACCCCGGGGCUCUCUUGCCCCUCCUGGCCUGAGGCAGGAGCUCUGUCCUCUCCCUUUCUCUCUAAGUAAAAGCCUCUGCCUUGCUCUCCUACCUUGAGUGUUUGCGAAGUUCAUUCUUUGGCUCCGCAAACAAGAACCCCGGCAUCAGAAGAGUAGGUGAAUAGAAUUGGGGUAGCAGGCAGAGAUGUAGAUGUGGGGGAGCAGCCACACCUGACCUAGAGUGAAGAUCAGCUGGACAGGACAGAUCUGGGGCAUGGUGGGGGGCCUGGGGGGGAAGUUGUUGGUGUAUGAGGAUGGCAGCUGGACCUAGGAGAGAAGGCAGUAGAGGAAGAUCCUGCACUGAAAAUCUGAAGCUAAAAGUAACAGGACACAGGUAGCGGGAAGAAAGAGGGCAGGUAAGGCAGAAAGAGACUAAGGAGAUGAGGCCAGAGAGGUGUGGUAGCUGGGCCCUUCCGACGGGUGGCAGAGGCAGCAGAGCCAGUGUGGUGGGGCUGGGAGGCUUUACUUCU